AUGGCAGCACGGCGCCUUGAUGCCGCACGGCCGGUGUUUGGUGGCCGUGCGACGCGGCGGGGGCUGGGCAGCAGCAGCGUCCCCAGCAGCAACAGCAGUGGCACAAGCCCCAGCAGCAGCAGUACCAGCAGCAGCAUGGUGGGCCCGCUCUGCAGCAGAGCCGGCAGCCUCAGCAGCAUCUCCGGCCGUCAGCAGCAGCCAAGCCUCGCGAGCCCGGCGCAGCAGCAGCCGCGCCGCCGCGCCGCGGGC